AUGCCCGGAGGGCUGCUUCUUGGGGACGAAGCCCUCAACUUUGAGGCCAAUACCACCAUCGGCUGCAUCCGAUUCCACGAUUUCCUGGGAGGCUCAUGGUGCAUUCUCUUUUCCCACCAACAGGACUUCACCCCAGUGUGUACCACAGAGCUUGGCAGAGCUGCAAAACUGGCGCCAGAGUUUGCCAAGAGGAAUGUUAAGUUGAUUGCUCUUUCAAUAGACAGUGUUGAGGACCAUCUUGCCUGGAGCAAGGACAUCAAUGCUUACAAUGGUGAUGAACCCACAGAAAAGUUACCGUUUCCCAUCAUCAAUGACAAGGAGAGGGACCUUGCCAUCCUUUUGGGCAUGUUGGAUCCAGCAGAGAAGGAUGAGAAGGGCAUGCCUGUGAUGGCCUGUGUGGUGAUUGUUUUCAGGCUUGACAAGAAACUGAAGCUGUCUAUCAUCUACCCUGCUACCACCAGCAGGAAUUUUGAUGAGAUUCUCAGAGUAAUUAAGUCUCUCCAGCUGACAGCAACGAAUCGGGUCACUACCCCGGUUGACUGGAAGGAAGGCAACAGCGUCAUGGUCCUUCCCACCAUCCCUGAAGAGGAAGCCAAACAGCUUUUCCCCAAAGGAGUCUUCACCAAAGAGCUCCCAUCUGGCAAGAAAUACCUCCGUUAUACCCCUCAGCCUUAAGUCUUUGUGGGAGUUGAGGCUGCAGCUGCUCCGGCAUGGUGUCCAUCUCAGGGCUCCACUGAUUGGCUUUCUCUGAAAUACAUUCUGUAUUGGAGACUCAGACCUUGUCACGUCUCUGCAGGGUUUGUGAUCAGCAAGCUAGAGGGUAGAGUGGUAGCUCACUAUGCUUCCUCAUAGAAUGAUUAUAUUCACCUCCUGUAGCUUUCCUAGUUGAAUUUUCUGUUACGUGUUUUGGAGAAUAGUAAAAUGAGGGGAAACUUUCGAUUCUGUACUUUUGGGAAAUAACAGACUUGGGACAGCACAGGGAAAGUUCUGUUUGAUAUAAGCAAUCUGGUGAGUUGCUAUCAAAAGAGGGCUUAGAGGCAAAGGAAGGAGGUGCCCCCAAAGGUGUGAGCAAGACAGUGCAUGUACCUCCUGGCAUUUCCUGUCAGCCCGCCCUGAUACGUGCAUGUGAACACACCUUGUAAAGACAGAUGGCAACAGAAUGCUUUGCCACUAAACUGUCCUAACAGGU